CGUCGGUGUUUAUUAUCUGGGAUCUGACUCUGGAGGCGCGUCGCUGAGGUAUGGGCUGCGCUCCCAGUAUCCACGUCUCUCAGAGCGGGGUGAUCUACUGCCGAGACUCAGACGAAUCCAACUCCCCCCACCAGACCACCACCAUCUCUCAGGGCACCGCGGCCACGCUACACGGGCUCUUCAUCAAGACCGAUGCGGCCGAGACCAUCCCCUCCGUCAUCACCUACCAGAGCCGGCACUCGCGGAACAACUCGUACCGGGAUCGCAAGGAGAACAGCGGAGGACAGAGCCGCAUCGAGGCCGAGACGCAGACCAGCCACACCAGCGUCAAGGUAGAGUACAGCAGGGAGCAAACACGGUUGAAAAUUAUAAAGGUCUUUCUCUUCACUCACACACUCAUCUGUUGCCUGCAGGUUUCAGCUACAGAAGAAUGUGUAGGACCUAUGAGACUGACUCAAGAGCCAAUUCAGGUCCUGCUGGUGUUCGCCAAGGAGGACAGCCAAAGCGAUGCCUUCUGGUGGGCCUGCGACCGCGCUGGCUUCAGGUGUAACAUCGCACGGACACCCGAGUCCGCCGUCGAGUGUUUCCUGGACAAGCACCACGAGAUUAUAGUUAUCGAUGGACGUCACUCACGCUACUUUGAGCCCGAAGCCGUCUGCCGGUUGAUCCGCGCCACAAAGCCCUCGGAAAACACAGUCAUUCUCGCCGUCGUGCCACAAAAACCGCCUGACCAGGACGAGCCAUCUGUUCUUCCUCUCCUCUGUGCUGGAUUUAGCAGAAGGUUUGUGGAGAACAGCAGUGUGUCCGCCUGCUACAAUGAGCUCAUACAGAUUGAACAUGGAGAGGUGCGCUGCCAGUUCAAACUCAGGGCUUGUAACUCUGUCUUCACUGCUUUGGAGCAUUGUCAAGAGGCUGUGGAGAUCACCAGUGAGGACCACAUAAUACAGUACGUGAACCCGGCGUUCGAGCGGAUGAUGGGUUACCACAAGGGGGAGCUGAUCGGGAAGGAACUGACUGAACUCCCCAAGAGCGACAAGAACAGAGCUGACCUGCUGGACACCAUCAACACCUGUAUCAAAAAAGGAAAGGAAUGGCAGGGCAUUUACUACGCCAGAAAGAAGUCAGGCGACAGUAUACAGCAGCAUGUGAAGAUUACACCUGUCAUCGGCCAAGGAGGUAAAAUCCGACAUUUCGUUGCAAUCAAGAGACCUCACAUUGACAACAACAAUCAGGUCCACAAGUUCAACAAAGAGGAGAGAUGCAGUGGGGAACAUUCUCAGUCAGAGUGCCAUUCUCUGCGUCACCGGGACAGGAGGAAAGAUUCAAUUGAUGCCCGAUCGCUCAGCUCCCGCGGCAGUGACGCUCCCAGUUUACAGAAUCGAAGAUAUUCCUCUGUUGCCAGGAUUCACUCCAUGACCAUCGAGGCUCCCAUCACCAAGGUAAUAAACAUCAUCAAUGCGGCGCAGGAGAGCAGUCCGGUGACUGUGGCCGAGGCCCUGGACCGUGUGUUGGAGAUCCUGAGAACCACCGAGCUCUACUCCCCUCAGCUCGCCUCCAAGGAAGAUGACCCCCACACCAACGACCUGGUUGGGGGGCUCAUGAGUGAUGGGCUGCGAAGACUCUCUGGGAAUGAAUAUGUCUUCUGCAAAAAUAUGAGCCAGAGCCAGCUGGCCAUCCCGGUCACUCUGAAUGACGUGCCUCCGUCCAUCGCCGAGAUGCUGAAUGAUGAGGAGUGCUGGGAGUUCAACAUCCUGGAGUUGGAGGCAGCAACACACAAGAGACCGCUGACUUACCUCGGGCUGAAGAUCUUCACGAGCUUCAGCGUGUGCGAGUUCCUGAACUGCUCGGAGGCCACGCUGCGCUCGUGGCUGCAGCUCAUGGAGGCCAGCUACCACUCCUCCAACUCGUACCACAACUCCACGCACGCCGCGGACGUGCUGCACGCCACCGCCUACUUCCUACGCAAAGAGAGAGUCAAGGGCAGUCUGGACCAGCUGGACGAGGUGGCGGCGUUGAUAGCAGCCACGGUGCACGACGUGGACCACCCAGGCAGAACCAACUCCUUCCUGUGCAACGCUGGCAGUGAACUGGCAAUCCUCUACAACGACACCGCCGUGCUGGAGAGCCACCACGCCGCCCUCGCCUUCCAGCUCACCGUGCGGGACAGCAAGAGCAACAUCUUUAAGAACAUCGACAGGAAUCAGUUCCGAACACUGCGACAGGCCAUCAUCGACAUGGUGCUGGCCACGGAGAUGACCAGACACUUCGAGCACGUCAGCAAGUUUGUCAACAGCAUCAACAAACCGAUGGCUGCCAUAGAAGAGACCAGCACAAGUAGCAUGAACAGCGACUGCGACAGUCAGGCCAACAUCAGGAACUCUCCAGAGAACCGUCUGCUGAUAAAGAGGAUGUUGAUCAAGUGUGCAGAUGUGGCAAACCCCUGCAGACCGCUGGAGCUCUGCAUCGAGUGGGCCGGACGGAUCUCAGAGGAGUACUUUGCACAGACAGAUGAGGAGAAGAGACAAGGGCUGCCAGUGGUGAUGCCAGUGUUUGACAGGAACACCUGCAGCGUGCCCAAAUCUCAGAUCUCCUUCAUAGACUACUUCAUCACCGAUAUGUUUGACGCCUGGGAUGCCUUCGCCAGCCUGCCUGGUCUCAUGGAGCACCUGUCGGAGAACUACAAGUACUGGAAGAGCUUGGACGAGAUGAAGUGUAAGAGCCUGCGCCCGCCUCCUCCUUCUUGACCAAGUCCUCGUCACCUCCUCUCCAUCCAUUGCUCCGAGCUGGGUGGGACGCUGAACGCAGCCCUGCGGUGGAACAGUUAGUCUCAUCAGCUGUGACUCUCUACCCCCCCACCCCCACCCCGAGGACUCUGAGACGCUGAACACUGAGACGCUGUUUCCAUCUCAAAUCACAGCCUCUUUUCUUGUGUGCUUCUAGCUGGAGGAGGUGUUCUGCCAGUGGAGAACAGGUUGUCAUUUGAGGGCCCCCCUCCCCCACCGUCGAUACUCAGUUGUAUUCCUAAC